GCGGGGGCGCGCAUGCGCAGGGCGGGACGGGGCAGGGGCGCGCACCCGGCGGGGCCAUGGAGCGGUUCGGGGCCGGCGGGGCCGGGAGCGGCGGGUACGAGGCGGCGGCGGAGCACCUCUCCCGGCAGCAGGAGCGACAUUACCGGCUGCUGUCGGAGCUACAGGCGCUUGUGAAGGCGCUGCCCAGCCCCUGCCAGCAGCGCCUCUCCUACACGACGCUGAGCGACCUGGCGCUGGCGCUGCUGGACGGGACCGUGUUCGAGAUCGUGCAGGGCCUGCUGGAGAUCCAGCACCUCACCGAGAAGAACCUCUACAGCCAGCGCCUGCAGCUGCACAGCGAGCACCGCGGUCCGCGGGGGGGGCUGAAGCAGGAGCUGUUCCACCGGCACAAGGAGGCCCAGCAGUGCUGCCGCCCCCACAACCUGCCGCUCCUCCGCGCCGCCCAGCAGCGAGAGAUGGAGGCUGUGGAGCAACGAAUCCGAGAGGAACAGCGGAUGAUGGACGAGAAGAUAGUCUUGGAACUGGACCAAAAAGUGAUAGACCAGCAGAGCACUCUGGAGAAGGCCGGGGUGUCGGGCUUCUACAUCACCACCAACCCGCAGAAUCGUUGGGUCAGAAAGAAGGAUCCGUCCCUUGGCUCGUGAGCUGAUGGGCAACGUGCCCCGGGCCGACCUUGUACCAGGUUCACGGCAAGGGAGCGGACGCCCAGUAGGCAGGACACCGUCCCCAGCUUUCCGCGAUGUUUUUCCCACUGCGGAGGGAAGAACCGCUGUGCCAACAGCCGGCAGUCCUGUGACUCCGGAACGGGGCUGAAUCAUCCUCAAAUACGUGGCUGCGUAGGUUUAUCGCUUUUGUACCUAGCUGAGCUGUACAGAUUGCUUGCGAGAAUUCUUUUUAUUAAGCAUCUUGUUAAUUUGUGCGUGUGACUUCCUAGAGGCGAUGAUCUCAGACUGGGAUUAGAAAAUUGCUCUUGGUUUCCCCCGGUGCAUCUGCUCGUAAAACUUGGGAGCGAUCGCCUGGGUUUUUCUCUGCUGUCUUAAUGCCACCGCAGGAAUGAGAAAAUAAAACUUCCAAAGCCUCAUUGUAUUGCCGCCGAAGUUUGCAGGGAAUGUGGAAACGGGCUGUUCUUAACUCUUGUUUUUUCCAGCUGAUUGAAUUUCACUGCGAUAAAGACCCGCUAGCGAGAACAGACUGCUUCAGCUAACUUAGUUAAACUGGCGUUCCCUAAAACCCACACGAUUCCUGGUUCUGUAGCCUUGAACAAGCCUCUUAUUUUUUUCCCCGUGUUGCUCUUCCUCCUCUGUAUAAUGAAAGCAGCUCUUUCUCUCCCGCCCCUGCCUUUUAUGUUAUUUCAGUACGUAAUAACUCUUAACUAGGCUCCUGUUUGCUGGCGUUUGGUUAUAUUUGCCUUUCCGAGAGCUGGCAAACCGGACCCAGCCCUUGGCUUGGGUACCUGUGAAUGCCACCGUCGUCUAAGAAACGGCUGCUCGAAUCUGUUCUCCGCGCGUUUCUCGUCAGCCGAUGUAUUUCCUCUCAGUCCAUUGCAUGAAAUGCCAGCUUUACGCAGUCGAUAGAAGAAUCUUAUUUUUGUAAAAAACAUUCCCGUAAUGUUAACGUCUGCAAGCCUGAGUCACAGAACGGCGUUCACUGAAUUAGCUCCUCCACCGGGCCGGCUCUGGGCUGAACGGCUUGAGAGCUAAACGUAACUAAAGAACAAGCAGAUGGCACGGAAACCAAGGGGCUGAGGGUGGUGAUUGCAGGAGAUGGUGGUCUCCGCUGGGUUGCAGUCAUGGAAAAGGGAGUUUUUGAAGGGGAAUGAACUACUUAGAGGGAAUUCGAUGCGCCAGGACAGCGGUCUGUCAUGCUUAGAGGGCGCCCGAAGCGAUGCCUGCUGGGCUGGAAGAGGAUGGGGGCGAUGAAGAUGCCGCUGAAGGUUGCGGGGAGGGAGCUGUGCCCACCCGGAGACCCCGCUCCGGGGUGCGUGUCUGCGCCUGUGCGACGGGGACGCUGCGGCCCGGCUCCGGGGGCUGGGGUGGGGGGGGGGGCUGCUCCGGAAGGGAAAAACCUGCGGAACCGGCUGGCCCUCGCCGCGUUUAUGGCUAAAUCGCAGUCAAGAAGAACGAACCUUUCUGAAUCCUUAAUGAAUCGUAAAGCCCAGGGAUUCCUAAGGCAGCUGCAGUUUGCGUCGGGCCUCACGGUACCGCUGCCCUGCAGUUGAUAGGAAUGCGUACGCACGGUGAAGGCUUUGUGUUGUACUUGCGCGUCGUUUUUCUUCUGUUCCCUGAAGCUGAGCAGCUCCCGAGCGGGUGGUACCAACCAGUCCUUGCUGCUCCCGCGGCCGGGAACGGGGUCGUCUUAUUCUUGCGAAAACGUCUCUCU